AUGGUGCCGCCGUCCACCGCGCCGCGGCUCUGCUUCCUCUCUCUGCUCCUCCUCCUCCUCCUAGCCGCAGCCGCUUCUGCCACCGCAGAUGCUGCGGCGGCGGAGGAGUUCACUGAGGAGCUGCUCCUCCGGCCGCUCCCGGACCGCAAGGCGCUGGCCCAUUUCCACUUCCGCUCCUCCGCGCCUCCCGCCUCCGCCGCCGGCCGACACCACCACCUCUUCCCCAAGGCUAUCUCCCAGCUGGUCCAAAAAUUUCAUAUUAGUGAACUGGAGCUAUCUUUCACACAAGGAAGGUGGAAUUAUGAGCAAUGGGGCGGAUAUGAUCCAAUGUCAACAAAUAAUGCAAAGCCCCCUGGUGUUGAGCUGUGGGCAGUUUUCGACCUUCCUUUGGCCGAGAUUGAUGCCACAUGGAAGAACCUGACACACACACUAUCAGGACUGUUUUGUGCAUCCAUCAACUUCUUAGAGUCUUCCACUGCAUUUUCUGCUCCUCGUUGGGGAUUUAAAUUGAAUGAAGGCAAUCUAAGAUAUGGGGCAUUGCCUCGGGAAGCUGUCUGCACAGAGAAUCUAACACCUUGGCUGAAACUUCUACCGUGUCGUGACAAAGCUGGGAUAGCUUCUUUGCUGUACAGGCCUUCAGUUUAUAAAGGAUAUUACCAUUCACAAAAGCUAAAAUUGAAAGCAUCACAAUCUCUUGGUAUUAUUCUUGAUCAAACACUCACAGUUGUGCUGCAACCAAAUACAGUUAGUGGUAAACAGCUACAUUCUACUGGUGGACAACUUCAGCCCAGCUGGUCCAUGGAACAUCUGUUCAGUAAGAAGUUAUCAGGGAAAUGUCUUGUGUCUAAAUCCAGCAGAGUUUUUGUAGAGAUUGAGAAAGGCAUAGUUGACAAUGUUGACAAAGCUGGGUCAGAUGUUUCAUGGAAUAAUGAUUUAUUUGUAUUGUCAACUGCCCCAGACAGGUCCCUCAAAGAAUUAGAUAACUUGGAAGUCCAAUCCUCUUCACUAUAUGAGUAUGAUGUUAACAACUACAACAAUGAUAAGCCUUUGAAUGUGGGCAUAACUUGGAAGCUUCCCUUGAUAUGGUCUUGCACCCGUGCGCCGUAUCAUGCAAGUAGAUUUCUUAUGGGUAGCGGAAAUGAAAGAGGCUCAAUUGCCAUGUCAUUUCUAUCCACUGGUCUAGAUAAGCAACUAGUGGACAGCUCAAAUGAUUGUUCGAUAAAGGCUGUAGUUUUCCAGGUUGUUCCAUGGUAUGUCAAGGUCUACUAUCACAGCCUAGAAGUUUUCAUUGAUGGGAGUAGCAAGGCUAUAUCAGAAGUAGUUGACAAGAUACAUGUCACUCCAUCAGAAGACAAGCUUUUGCCUGGUACAAUGGAGAUGCUUCUUAAGUUUCCUUGCAGCAUGCAAUUGGCUACUCUUACUUUGGACUUCGACAAGGGGUUCCUACACAUAGAUGAAUACCCUCCUGAUGCUAAUCAAGGAUUUGAUAUUCCAUCAGCUUUGGUUAGCUUUCCUGAGUUCAACUCUAGCCGAAGUUACCCUGAAGCUGAUCCAUUGUUUGUGUCGCCUUUGCUAGAGAACUUCAAGGAAGAUGGUGUUGUGAAGUCGUACACAGAAGUGUUGCUUGUUCCAUUGACAACUCCUGAUUUUAGCAUGCCAUACAAUGUUAUCACCUUCACUUGCACUGUCUUAGCUCUUUAUUUUGGCUCACUACUUAAUGCUUUGAGACGAAGAAUCGGCGAGGAAGAGAGGGGAUUGAAGAAAGCAGGUAUUUUGAAUAAGAGACGAGGUCUCAUUCCCCUAUUGAUAGCUAAGCUAAGGGGGCAGAAGGUUGAUCCGUUGGAAUCAGAAUCCACGUCUCCUGCAUCUCUGCCGUGGUCAAAGCUACUACUCAAAGUUGUGUUCGUCGCAGUAGUAGCUAUUGUGUUCCAUUAUUUGUCGAACAGUUAG